UGACAGCAUCGAGCGAAUGCGAAACGAAAACGAAUCGUUUCGUCUUGUGGUUAAGUGAAUGUAAAUUUCUAUAUAAUUUAAAAUUUUGUACUCCCGGUGCGGACAGAGAGUUCCAUCAUGAGUGCAUUAAUUAAGUCCUCAUUAUCUAGAAGCCCAGUAUCAUUGGCUACAUACUUGUACAGAAACCUCCACUUGUCCACUGGCGGAGCUAGUUCUCUAAAAGAGGGUUCAGCAAACACCAAUACAACAAAAGCAUAUACAGUUAUUGACCACAAGCAUGAUGCCUUAGUUAUUGGGGCUGGUGGGGCUGGUCUUCGGGCUGCUUUUGGUCUUGUGCAGGAGGGUUUCAAAACUGCUGUUGUUACAAAACUAUUUCCAACAAGAUCACAUACAGUGGCAGCUCAGGGUGGCAUCAAUGCAGCUCUAGGUAACAUGGAAGAAGACAGCUGGCUGUGGCACAUGUAUGAUACAGUAAAGGGUUCUGAUUGGUUAGGAGAUCAGGAUGCCAUUCAUUACAUGACCAAAGAAGCUCCACAUGCUGUUAUUGAACUGGAAAACUAUGGCAUGCCAUUCUCUAGGACACCUGAAGGGAAAAUAUAUCAGAGAGCCUUUGGUGGUCAGUCACUGAAGUUUGGUAAAGGGGGCCAAGCUCAUAGAUGCUGUGCAGUCGCUGAUAGAACUGGUCACUCCCUACUCCAUACCCUAUAUGGGCAAUCAUUAAGAUACGACUGUGAAUACUUCAUUGAAUAUUUUGCCUUGGACUUGCUUAUGGAAGAUGGUGUCUGCAAAGGAUGCAUUGCUAUCAAUCUCGAAGAUGGAACAUUACACAGAUUCCAAGCUAUGAACACGAUCUUGGCAACGGGCGGCACAGGCCGAUCGUACUUCAGCUGCACGUCAGCCCACACGUGUACCGGCGAUGGCACUGCCAUGGCGGCGCGCGCCGGCCUCCAGAACGAAGACAUGGAGUUCGUGCAAUUCCACCCUACAGGUAUAUACGGUGCCGGCUGUCUCAUGACGGAGGGUUGCCGUGGUGAGGGUGGUUUCCUGGUGAACGCCAAGGGCGAAAGAUUCAUGGAACGGUAUGCCCCUGUCGCAAAGGACUUGGCCAGCCGAGACGUUGUCUCGAGGGCCAUGACUGUCGAGAUUAUGGAAGGCCGCGGAUGUGGUCCCGAGAAGGAUCACGUGCACCUGCAGCUCCACCAUCUACCACCUGAUCAGCUGAAACAACGCUUACCUGGUAUCUCGGAAACGGCUAUGAUCUUCGCUGGCGUUGACGUUACCAAAGAACCUAUUCCCGUCUUGCCCACAGUACAUUACAACAUGGGAGGCACUCCCACUAACUUCCGCGGUGAGGUCAUACAACACCAUAACGGCUCGGAUCGCGUAGUGCGGGGACUUUUCGCGGCCGGCGAGGCGUCCUGCGCCUCGGUGCAUGGCGCCAACCGACUCGGCGCGAACUCACUCCUCGACAUUGUGGUCUUCGGCCGCGCAUGCGCACAAACUAUCGCCGAAGUCAACCGGCCCGGCGAUGCGCAAGCGCCGCUUAAAGACUCCACAGGCGAAGCAAGUAUUGCCAACUUGGACAAAAUUAGAUACGCGAAUGGUGCCAUUCCGACGGCAGACCUGCGUCUGCGCAUGCAAAAAUGCAUGCAAAAGAACGCAGCUGUGUUCAGACAGCAAAAUACACUUGAAGAAGGUCAGCGUCAAAUCCACGAAAUCUACAACCAGAUCAAAGACGUCAAAGUAUCAGACCACUCGCUGAUCUGGAACAGUGACUUGGUGGAGACUCUGGAACUACAGAAUUUGCUCAUCAACUCGGUACAAAUCGUGGAGGGUGCGUUGGCGCGCGAGGAGUCGCGCGGUGCUCAUGCUAGAGAGGACUUCAAAACCCGACGAGAUGAAUACGAUUAUUCCAAGCCUUUAGAAGGACAGACAAAGCUGCCAUUCGAGAAACACUGGAGGAAACACACACUGGCUGAGACGAAUGUAGAAACCGGCGAAACUAAGCUCUCGUACCGACCCGUGAUAGAUAACACCCUCGACCAACAGGAAUGUAAAACGGUACCACCGGUCAUAAGGACAUACUAGACAUCAAAAUAUGUAAUAAUUCUGAUACUGGGUGCUAGUUUCUCAAUUCUAUAUUUGCACGUGAUCACUUUGGCUGCAUUAUUAUUUAUAAAAUAAUUUUUUUUAGAUUAGCUUGUUUAAGCGCCACAACAUCGUAAAAUAGUGUCCGGGUUUAGUAUCCAAUAUGCAAUUUUGAACAACGUUAAAGAAAAACAAUGCAAGUGCACACAUUUACACACAUCAAAUACAAUUGUAUAAGUGUAAUUAUAUUUGUAACAUAAAUCAGCAUUUAUUGUGGUUAUAAAUGUUUUAUAAUGCCCUCGAUAGAAACGCGGUACUUAAACGUUAUUUUGUAAAUUACUUACGUUUUAAAAACGUAAACGUUUUAGCUAAUAAUUGAAUAAGAUCAUUAUACUGGAUGAGUUACUUCUCGAUUCUAAAAGUAAUUUUAACUCGCCAGAAUGUGAAUCUUUAAUCUUGUAUAGUUUUAAUUUAUUUCGGCAAAUAUCAGGCAACACAUAGGUAUAAUUUAUAUUUAAAAUUGUAUACAAAAAUAUGCAUGCAUCAACGUGAAGAGUACCCUACCUAACAUUGUUUUAUAUUAAAUUUCACUAUUUAAAGUAGCAGGCAUUUAAAAUUUGGAAGUCUUUGAUUAAAUUUGACAGAAAAUGGGCAAUUUACGGCGAAGCCCGAGUAUUUCAGCGCACAGAGGGCAAAUUAAUAAGGUCAAUGAUGGGGCAACCCUAGUACUUUACUACUGACAUUAAUCAAUAAACGAAUAUAAAUAAAAUAUCCUAGCUACACAUGUACCUUCCUCUAUAUACUAAAAUCAUCGAUUUUUUUAUUUAAUCAUGUAUUUAUUGUCAUUGAAAUUUUUUAAGAAACUUAUUUUUACAGUAUUACCUACUACAUAUAUGUAUUGGUACAACGUUGUGUAGAUUUAAGGAUACAAAUUUGGAUUAUUAUGUGAAUAUAAUGAAUUGAAAUAAUA